CCUCUGGACGGAGGGAGGGGAAGUGGCCAGAAGGGGAAGUGUGAAGAGUUCCCCUCAGCCUGUCAUCAGUCUCCUUGGGCCUUUGGAGUGGCGGCCCUUUGGCCUGGCCGCAGCAAUGGAGCCUCUGGAGACCCCUGUCAAGGAUGGCAUCCUCUACCAGCAGCACAUCAAGUUCGGCAAGAAGUGCUGGCGGAAGGUGUGGGCAUUGCUAUAUGCGGGAAGCCCAUCAGGAGUGGCCCGGUUGGAGAGCUGGGAGGUCCGAGAUGGUGGCCUGGGGUCUUCAGGGGACAGGUCCGCACGCCGCGGGGAACGGCGGGUCAUCCGUUUAGCGGACUGUGUGUCUGUGCUGCCCGCUGAUGGCGAGAGCUGCCCCCGAGACACUGGGGCCUUCCUCCUCACCACCACUGAGCGGAGCCACCUGCUGGCUGCCCAGCACCGCCAGGCCUGGAUGGGCCCCAUCUGCCAACUGGCCUUCCCGGGUACAGAAUGCUCCUCAGCAACAGGGGAGACAGAGUCUCCCACCAGGGGACUUGUCCCCAUGGAAGAAAACUCCAUCUACUCUUCUUGGCAGGAAGUGGCCGAGUUCCCAGUGGUGGUGCAAAAGACAGAAGCGGCAGCCCGCUGCCAGCUGAAGGGGCCUUACCUGCUGGCACUGGGCCAGGACACCGUGGUGCUGCACGAGCCCUCAGGCCAGCACGCCCUCUACUCGUGGCCCUACCGCUUCCUGCGCAAGUUUGGCUCUGACAAGAGCCUGCCGCCACUGCCCGGCCCCGCCCAGGACGCCGCGCUCUACGCCGUGGUGGCCAAGCGCGCCAGCGGGCCGCCCGCCGCCGCCGAGCACCUCUACGAGAACCUGUGCGCGCGGGAGGCCGGCGAGCCCGGCCCCAUCUACCACAACAGCGCCGACCUAAGCUGGCCCGGGCCCGGCCACGACGGCAGCCUGGAGGCCCAGUACCGGCGGCUGCUGGAGCUGGAGCUGAGUGAGGCCGCCGACGAGGCGGGGGGCAGCGGCCGGCCUGGCCUGCACACCGGCUUCAAGGCCAAGCUGGUGACCCUGCUGAGCCGCGAGCGGAGGAAGGGUCCUGUCCCCUGUGACCGGCCCUGA